AUGGAAGCCAUAGACUCAGUCGUCGAUCCUCUCAGAGUGUUCGCAAAGGAAAGCACUCGACUGGUGAAGAGGUGCCACAAGCCUGACCGCAAAGAGUUCACGAAGGUGGCGAUUCGUACAGCCAUCGGGUUCGUAGCAAUGGGACUCGUUGGGUUUUUCGUGAAGCUGGUCUUCAUCCCCAUCAACAACAUCAUCGUCGGCUCUGUUUAG